GAUGAUGUCACGGGCCCGCCCGAAGUCUGGGAGCCCGCCCUGCAGGCGCAGGCGCAGUGUAGCUGGCGGUUGGCCGGUCCCGGCGGUGGGGUCGGCUUCGUGGGGCUCUCAGACUCCCCGGCUGGCGCAGGGGCGUCCGUCUCCCGCCAGAUCCAGCCUCCUGGAGGAACCAUGUCUCCUGCAGCUCUGGGUGCCACCUGUUGUGCCAGGCGCACGCCGCUGCACAAGAAGGGGUGCCGUUUGAAUGGUCUGUGAAUGUUGGGAGGAGGAAUGCCCGAGCUGCUGGCUGGAAAUAACCCAAACGAAAGACAUAUCCCCAGGAUGGACUUUCUGGUUCUUUUUGUGUUCUACCUGACUUUGGUGCUCAUCAGUGGUGUUAUGAUCUGCGUCUGCUCGAAAACUGGUUACUUGAAAGGCCCGGUCAGGAGAGGAACACAGAUAUUUUCCUAUAUAAUUCCAGAAUGCCUGCAGAGAGCCGUGCUAAGAUUGCAUCAUUACCUCUUCCAUACACAAAACCGCACCUUCAUUCUCCUGCACCUCACCUUGCAAGGGAUGGUUUAUGCUGAGUACACCUGGGAAAUAUUUGGCUACUGUCAACAGCUGGAGUUCUCCUUAUAUUACCUUCUUCUGCCCUAUCUGUUGCUGAUUGUAAACCUGGUUUUUUUCACCCUAAGUAGUGUAACCAACCCUGGUACCGUAACAAAAGCAAAUGAGUUACUGUUGCUUCCAGUUUAUGAAUUUGAUGAGGUGUUGUUCCCGAAGAACAUGAGGUGUUCUACUUGUGGAUUAAGGAAACCUGCGCGCUCCAAGCACUGCGCUGUGUGUAACCGGUGCGUGCACCGUUUUGACCAUCACUGUGUUUGGAUGAACAAUUGCAUCGGGGCCUGGAAUGCCAGGUACUUCCUCAUCUACCUCUUGACGUUGACGGCCUCUGCUGUCACCAUGGCUGUUGUGAGCGCUGUGUUUCUGGUCCGGUUGGUGGUGGUGUCGGGCUUGUACCAGGAGACUUACGUUGAUGACCUUGGACACUUACAAGUUAUGGACACCAUCUUUCUUAUUCAGAUUUACAGGCGGUCACAAAGAAAUAGACAGGAGUCCCAGGCACUCCUAAGCCCUCCCCGUGCCAGCCUCCUUGUCCCACUACACACAGUGCCGAAACGAAGGAAUCGACGUGGGCACCAUCCGCAGAGCUGAUUCUGAUUGCACUAGUUGUAUAUGCGUCCGUUUGUGUUUUGUGUGUAUGUGUUUGUACAGCGCUGUGCAAUCUGUCACAUGUGUAGCCACCCCUACAGUCCAGAUGCUCUGCUGUCCGCCAGAGACUCCCUUGUGUUACCCCUUAUAGCCACAGCCUCCUCCCCACAUCCUUCACGUCUGGCCACCACUCAUCUGUUCUCCAUCUCUAUUAUGGCAUUUCACCAUUGGUACAUAAAUUGAAUCAGGCAGUCUAUUUUUGAGAUUUUUUUUUCACUCGGCAUAAUUUCCUUGAGAUCCAUCCAAGUUUUUACUCAUAUUAGUAGUUUGUUCUUUUUUGAUUGCUGUAUAAUAUUCCAUGGUAUGGAGGGACUGCAGUGUUUUAACCCUCCACCCUUUGAAGGACGUUGAGUGGUUUCCAAUUUUUGUCUAUGAUGAAUGAGACUGCUGCGAACAUUUGUUUACUAGUUCCUGCAUGAAAAUAAGUCUUCAGUGUGUGAUUGUUGGGUGUAAGUCCAUUUUAGGUUUCGAAAAGGACUCCUGUACUAUUUUCCAGAGCAGUUACACCAUUUUACAUUCUGCCAGCGAUGGUCCGAGGGAGAUGGUCUGGUUUCUCUGCCUCCUUGCCAGCAUUUACUCUUAUCCCUGGUUUUCCUUUUAGCCGUUCUGAUAGGUGCGUAGUGACACCUCAUUGUUGUUUUAACCUUGAGUAAUUUUUAUUCUUAAAUUUUUUUCCAAUUAUGUAAAUUUCCAAACAUACUGAAAAGUUGAAAGAGUAACAAAGUGACUACCCAUAUACCUUCCACUUAGAUUUAAACAUUGUUAGUGUUUUAAUCUGUUUUCUUUCUGUAUGUGUGUAUUUUUCUGUGUUAGUAGAAACAAGUUGGAGAUAACGUGUUGCUUUACCCUUAAAUACCUGAGCAUGAAUCUUUUAAGAAUGUCAACAUUCUCCAUAACUACAGUUCUGUCAUCCCACCUAAGAAAAGCAAUAAUAAAUGUAUGUACUAUCGAGUCCAUAUUCAAAUUUCCCCAUCGUUUCAAAUAUAUCUUUUAUAGCUCUUGUACCUUCUUGAACUGGAAAACACCUUAUAGUUAUGCGUUGCAUUUGAAUGUUACGGCUUUUUAGUCUCUUUGAGUCUCAAAUCACACCCCUACUUUUUUCCAUGAAAUUACCAUUUAGUAGUCUAGUUGGCUCUUAGAAUGUCUCCUGUUCUAGAUGUGUCUUUUUCCUGAUUGCGUCAUCUAAUUUUUCUCUAUUUCUUUAUAGUAGUGUAAACUGGAAGUUAGUUCUAGAGCCUUGAUUAGAUUCAGGUUAAAUAUUUUUGGCAAAAAUGCUUCCUCGGUGGGGAUGUGUAUUUCAUACUGUGUCCCAUUAGGUGGGAUAUAGGAUCAGCGAAGCCCGGGUUGAUCCAUUGGUUAAGGUGGUGACCAUUGGUAAGUGCAUUUUCCCCUUUGCAAUGGCUAAUCUGUAUAUAUGGUUAUGUUUUUGUAUUUAGAACUUUCUUUAGGCUCGAUUCCAAAAAAUAUAAAUACUGGGUCAAAAAUUAUCAACAUUUCUAAGUCUUUUGAUAUUCAUGUAUAUUAUCAAAGUGCUUUCUCAAACUCGUGCAUAGAGCAAUGUGUAAGUGUUCAUUUCAUUGCAUCAGGGCAGGCUUGAUGCUGCUUGGGGUGGGAAAAUAUGGUGUACCCCCCUCUUUUUUUUUUUAAAUACUGAUUUAAUUAC